CCUCUUCUCUCUCUCUCUCGCGCACUCUCUUCACGUUCUCCUCAAACUACAAAAACAACAUCAUCUCGCUGAGGGGAGUGGACGGUUAACGGAGACAUUUAACGGAUAUUUCCGACCGCGGAGCUUUUUGUCAUCGUGUCCUCAAACAUCCAGACGAUGGCGGAGCAGAACACCGAGGCCAAGCUGAAGUCGUGGCUGAAACAGGAGAAGAUCCAGCUGUGGAACCCUCCGUACACCGAGGACGAGGACAACGGGCCGGGACAGCAGCACAUGCAGGGUCUGGCCGAGCGCUACGCCCCUCUGCUGGCUCUGCCGGUGGCCCAGGUCUCCGGCGCUCUGGAAGCCAUCCGGCUGCAGGCGGUGAACCGAGGGAAAGGAAACAAGACCUUCAGGGAGACAAACGUGGCCACGCUGGAGCUGCUGCUGCCCAGAGACUGCAAGAAGGAUCCAAAGAGUAAGAACCUGUUGGAGACCAGGCUGGAUGUGGGGGUUCAGGAGGUAGUGGACAGGAUCGGAGAGCAGUACGGCCUCAAAUACAUCAAACUGAUCCUCAACGGGAGAACUCUGUCAGUGGACCAGCGUCUGGAUGAGCAGGGUGUGAAGAACCACAGUAAGAUGAUGGUUCUGAAGGUGAGCGACACCGAGUUGAAGCAACAGCUGAGCGAGGAAGAGGAGAAGACGAAGAACCAGAACGAGAGCAUCCAGAGGACGCAGAAAGGUUUCCAGAUCCUGUCAGAGAGAGACGGCAGUGAAGACACGUCUCCUUUUCUUGAGAUCGCCGACCAGAGAGGAAACCCGCUGAAGAUCCCGCACGAGGAGAAGAAGGCUCUGAUCCUGGCGAUGGGUCUCCAUGAGAAAGGUCGCUCUCUGAUGAAGAAGAAGCAGUUUGACAACGCUCUGUGUCACCUGCUGCAGGCCGACCAGCAGUUCAGUAAGUGCGGCUCGGCGCUGCUCAGCUCGGUGGAUAACUUUGCGGUGCUGCAGCUGGACAUCGUGUGGUGCUACCGGGCCCUGGAGGCCCUGUCCUGCCUGGAGGACGGGAAGCUGAGGCUGCAGAGAGCCGAGGACUGCUUCCUGCAGUGUUACGGAGAGCAGCAGCAGAGGCUGCUCAUGAUCAAGGGUAACACAGGCAGAGAGGAGGUGCUGUUCCUGCGGCUGUACCUCCUCCAGAGUCUCCUCUCCUACCUCGAAGGAAACGACGCCCAGGCUCGACACCAGCUGUCCAAAGUGGAGUCUCUGUACAGCCGUCUGUGUCUGGACUCUGAGAAGAUGUCUCAGCUGAUGGUUCUCGGGUUCACAGAGAGAGAAGCUCGACUCGGCCUCCGAGCCUGUCAGGGAGACCUGGAGGAGGCAGCCAUCCACAUCAGCAACCAGAGACAGGAGCGAGAGGAGCUGAAGCAGAGAGAGAGACAGAAGAGGAGCAGAAGGAUGGAGGUGAUCUCUACGCUCACAGAGCUCGGAUUCUCCCGCAGAGACGCCGCCAGAGCUCUGCAGCUCGCUGACGGAGACGUGGACAAAGCUUACGCAAUCCUGUUGGACUCGAGUCAGGCUGCUCAGGCAACCAAUAACAACACAGAGGGAGCACUCAGUCCAGAGAAGGUGGACCAGCUGCUGUAUCUGGGCUUUGAGAGGGACGUCUCUGAGGCAGCCCUGAGACUGACAGCCGGAGACGUCCAAUCAGCGACUCAGCUGCUGCUGGACAACCAGGGCGUCCUAUCAGCGGAGCUGCUGUCUGAGUCCCCGCCCUCCACCUCCUCCUCACCGUCCUCUGAGGAGCCCAGCACCUCCUCCUCCACGUCCACAGAGGACAACGAGCUGGUCAACGAGGUGCUGGAGGACAUUUCUCGCCACGAGGAAGAUUACCUGGACCUGACGCUGGAGGAGGAGAGUCAGCUGAUCCAGACCAUGAAGAUGUACCUGAGCAGAGGACACACACGCACUGUGUGACACGCACAACCACACACACACACACACACACACACACACACACACACACACACACACU